ACGGGAGCGCGCUUCGUGAUCUGUAGGCGGGAGCCGUUGACGUCCACGUGCUGAAGGGCGGGGCUAAGACGUCGAGCCACUGACCCUGGCGCCUCCGCCCGCCCAGGGCUCCUGCCCCCCUUCAUUCGGGGGGCUCACACCGGCCCCCGAGUGGGAGGUUGGGUUCCCCCCCCCCGGCAGGGCUAAGAGGAUUUUGCCCCGGGGUUUUCGAGGAGACCGUGACAUUCCCCUAGUGGCCAGGCGCGCUCCCGGACCCGCCCGCGGAGCAGCCUGGAGGCCUGCGGGCUCCCGAGAGCUGGGGCGGGCUCCCCUCAGCCGGUGGCUCGGGGCCGGUGGCCUCCGCCCAGCGAUUCCUUAUGGGCAGCGUGCGCUGGGCCUUCCCCUGCGCCGCCUGGGCCCCGCGCCGGGAUGAGUGGCUGCUGGCCGCCCGCCUGGUGCAGCCCGAGGAGAAGGACCGCGUCCGCCAGUUCGCCUUUGCCCGGGAUGCCAAGGCUGCCAUGGCUGGUCGUCUGCUGAUAAGAAAAUUAAUUGCAGAAAAACUGUGUAUACCUUGGAAUGAAAUACAUUUGCAAAGGACAUCUAAAGGAAAACCCUUCCUGGUGAACGACAUACUCGGUAGCCAUCCCAGUUUCAAUUUUAAUAUCUCUCAUCAAGGGGAUUAUGCAGUUCUUGCAGCUGAGCCUGAGCUUCAAGUUGGCAUUGAUAUAAUGAAGACUAAUUUGCCAGGGAGUGGUUCAAUUCCAGAUUUCUUUCGCAUUAUGAAACGACAGUUUACAGAGGCAGAGUGGAGGGCAAUCAAGUCCAUAAAUAACGAAUGGAUUCAACUAGAUAUGUUUUAUAGGCACUGGGCACUAAAGGAAAGCUUUAUAAAGGCCAUUGGGAUUGGAAUAGGCUUUAACCUGCAAAGGAUUGAAUUUAAUGCCUCCCCAUUGCAGCUGGAGGUAGGAAAUGUUUACAAGGAGACAAAAAUGUUGUUGGAUGGAGACAAGGAAGAAGGGUGGACUUUUGAGGAAACCCGGUUGGAUGAUCUCCAUCAUGUUGCAGUAGCUCUGGGGAAACCAGAAGUAUUUGUACAGAAGGAUUCUAACGUUCUUCCUAAAGACCUGACCCAGCCACAAUUCCAGGUAUUGACUUUUGAUGAUUUAGUUGCCGCUGGUGUUCCUAUAGCACCUGAAGACCCUACAUACUGGGAUAACUUUUGUUUCAAACAGGAGUGCCCAGCACGCCAGAGUACUCAUUCAAGAUAAGACUGCGUUUCCAAGAAAAGAAACUGAAAUCUUUCAAAGACCACACAUUGUUAGUCUGCGAAGCUUAAUUUGAGUGUGUGUAUCCAUUUCCCCUUUUAGACCAAGAUUUGGUUUCCCAGCCUCACAAACCUGCCACCUUUUACCCCCUUUCCCAUAUGCUGAGAUCAUGUCAGGCUAAAGAAACUGUGAAGUAAAAGAUCUAAAUUGACCCUGCACCUUUUUUUCAUUGUGUAAUUUGCCUCUAUGAUUCUCAUAUCUCUAUGAUUACUCACUGCCAAUAGCAGUGAACAGAGCUGCAUUAAUGCUGCUCUUGAUGAGGAACAAGUAUUUAAUAUUUAAAGAAAAUGUGUUUUCAUAAUUUCUGCUGAUGUUUAAGUGAUAUUAUUUUGCCUCUCUCUCAUGAAAUCAUAAUUUUAUUCCAAAGUAGCUGGGCAAAGCCAAAGUAAAACAGUUGGUUAAUGAUGAUGGUACUAUUACUUCAUAGCAAAAGUUCUAUGUAAAAUUAUCAAACUUAUUUGAAGUUAAUGGAUCUACAGCUGUGUAAAACCAGUUUGAGAGUGUUCUAAGUCCUGGGCUUUUGGUGAGGUAUGUCACACACAGUCAGCCGCCUCCUCAGAAUUAUCUGUACUGAUGAAUCUCUCCACUAAUAGUAUAUAGUUUGCCUCUCCUUUAGAUAUCUCAUUCCUCAGAAGUGGAUACAUGCCCUGCAGUAGUUCUGCGUUUCUGGACCCAUAUUUGCAUCUAUGUUCUCUUUAUUUCUGGGGACUGCUAUUUUUUAAAUACAUAAGCAGUGUGUGCCCUUUUCCAAGCAGGGCUGCAGACCUGGAGCUGGGGGAUGUAGAGUAUUGCAUUGCCAUAUAGACUUCAGGGAGACUUGGGAGAGAGCAAUAGGUGCUGGAAGACAAUUUCAGACUAUUUGUCUUGUCCUUUCCAAAGAAUACUUUUUCCCUUUGUGUAUCCUCCUUUUUAAUCUAUGAAGUGUGGAUAUUUGAGGUCAUUUGAAAGGUGCAGGGAAUGGAUACUGACCAGAAUCAUUACUUCAGAAUAAAAGGCUCAAUUCUCUUCCAAUUGUAGUCAAACAAAAUUCAUGUUGACUUCAGUGAGAGUAGGAUUGUGCCCAAAUUGGCUGUUGCCCUGCAUUCUGAUUGGGUGAAGGCCUGCUUGUAUUAUAACCUUUAAACUUGCACCUCUGAUAUAGGAUUUGAGGCAGAAAGGAAAUGGGUUUUAUGGUCUUACAGAAGCUCCCAUGCUGCUGAUGUGGAUAAUCACUUCUUCACGCUCAAAUAAUACCUGUUAAAAUUAUCCUUUUGCCCGCUUUUACAGCAUACUUUUUAAUUGAGCCAUUAAUUAAUAAAUAAUUACAUAAUUCUCUCUCAGUCAUUACAGCUUUACCCUGUAGGUAGGAGUGAAUCUGAAAAUUAAGAAUUUGUAGUACUGAAAGUGUAAUGAUCUUGGGUUAGGAGUCCCCCAGGGGCCAAGGUUAUUCUGUUUAAAGUCAAGGGAAAUUUCUUAAUGGAGAAAACCAGCACUAAGUCCAUUAUACCCUGCUGAUUAUAAAAUUUUAAUUUUAUUUGCUAAAAUAAUAGCUGUAAUAAGGAUUUGUUGAUAGAUGCUUUUUUCCAGACUACAAUAGAUGUUUAAAAAUAAUCCUGUUUAUUAGUUGUUGGUCUUAAUUGUCACUGCUGCUGGUGUUUCAGACCAAACUGAGAAUCCAGUGCUUUUUAUCAGUCCGCACUGCAAACACUAAGCCCCAUUGGCAAGUGCAUAAUAAAUUUUAUCAUCUGCAGUGAAAUAAUUCGCACUGUUGUAGGUGAUCACAUUUAGGCAUGGGAGUUAAUCCUGAUAACACCUCUUUUGGCUGGCUAAUAACUAAUAAGGUUGUCCAUUUUCAAGGCUGUAUCUGUAACAAGAAAGUUUAGAAACUUAAGGGUUGGUACUCCUCCAAACUCUCCCACCACUCACCCCCCAAAAAAGCAUUGAUUAUGAAAGACCAGGCAGAAUCACUAGGAAGACUCCAAAUCCUCACAAUACACAGAUUUCCUUUACAGUUGAAUUUCUGUUGCUCUGGGUAAAAAAACAGGAUUAAUCUAACUUUUGCAAAUUUUAUCAAGCAGUAAUGGUAAGAGAUAGUGUUGGCUUGUGGAAACUCAGAUGAGUCAUAUGUAUCUACAAUUUCAGAUCUUAGCACUACUGAUAGAAUUAUUUUACAUUCAUAUGCACCAAAAAGGAGCAAUCAUAAGGGUAUAAGAGUUUCACAUGUCUAUACACUAAGAUCUUGUAAUACCCUGGGUAUGUGAACAAUUAUUCUCACAAUCAUCAGAAUUGCUUUCUGAGCAUAUACUACUGCUGUAAAUAAUUAUUUAGAAAAUAAACUGAAUCUCUUCUUUAAACAGUGUUAUGCAUAACAGUGUUAUGCUAGACAAAUUGGAGGAUUGGGCCAAAAGAAAUCUGAUGAGGUUCAAUAAGGAUAAGUGCAGGGUCCUGCACUUAGGAUGGAAGAAUCCAAUGCACCGCUACAGACUAGGGACCGAAUGGCUAGGCAGCAGUUCUGCGGAAAAGGACCUAGGGGUGACAGUGGACGAGAAGCUGGAUAUGAGUCAGCAGUGUGCCCUUGUUGCCAAGAAGGCCAAUGGCAUUUUGGGAUGUAUAAGUAGGGGCAUAGCGAGCAGAUCGAGGGACGUGAUCGUUCCCCUCUAUUCGACAUUGGUGAGGCCUCAUCUGGAGUACUGUGUCCAGUUUUGGGCCCACACUACAAGAAGGAUGUGGAUAAAUUGGAGAGAGUCCAGCGAAGGGCAACAAAAAUGAUUAGGGGUCUAGAACACAUGACUUAUGAGGAGAGGCUGAGGGAGAUGGGAUUGUUUAGCCUGCAGAAGAGAAGAAUGAGGUGGGAUUUGAUAGCUGCUUUCAACUACCUGAAAGGGGGUUCCAAAGAGGAUGGCUCUACACUGUUCUCAAUGGUAGCAGAUGACAGAACGAGGAGUAAUGGUCUCAAGUUGCAGUGGGGGAGGUUUAGAUUGGAUAUUAGGAAAAACUUUUUCACUAAGAGGGUGGUGAAACACUGGAAUGCGUUACCUAGGGAGGUGGUAGAAUCUCCUUCCUUAGAGGUUUUUAAGGUCAGGCUUGACAAAGCCCUGGCUGGGAUGAUUUAACUGGGAAUUGGUCCUGCUUCGAGCAGGGGGUUGGACUAGAUGACCUUCAGGGGUCCCUUCCAACCCUGAUAUUCUAUGAUUCUAUGUGGAGCACACAUUAAAAUCAACAUUAUGGUCAUGUAUAGAAGAGUUAGUGUAAUUGAAUAUCCAAGGUGAAAUCCUUAAUAUUGCUGUAAAUGAUCUAUCUAUUUAAUGCUUUAGGGCUAGAUUUUUUAACUUCGUUCUUUACAGAAAUACCAUGGUACAAAUUGUCAUAAAUGUGUUUAACUUUGGCAUAUGUCUGUGGUUUUAAAGUGUCUUAUGUAAAGAUUAUAGUUUAGUGACAGAAAUACUUUUAAGACACUUUGCAUCUGUGUGAAAAGAGCGUUAUGUUGUCAUUUGACAUGAGUAUAUGGCUGUACGAAGUAGGUCAUAUGACUCAAGCAGGCUUACGCUAUCAAGAUUUAUCUUCUUACUAUAUUACAGAAGCAAAUGGGCUGAAAUAAUGAACACGUUAGCUAAAGCUAACGUUGGUUUUCAGUUUUUCAAAAAAAAAAGGUGUAAAGCACUGAUAUGUUCACAGCUAACCACAUUAACAAAUCAACAUAAAAAAGAUGUUGCUAGAAAGACCUGGAUAUGAAAAAGAAAUAAGCUAGAAAUGAGGCUACAAAUAUGCACAUGAGCAUCAUCUCUCUUGGAAAAACUACCUGUUGGAUGAUGCUUCCCAGCUUUAGUGACCAUGCACAACUCUGUUUACUUUGAUGGUGUUUGUUCAUGUUGUUUUUUAGUUUGUAACAUCCUUGGGGAAGUAAUCAUGUUUUUGGCAUAUGUCAUGCACAUUCUGUACAAAGUUUUAAUAUCCAAAUAUUGUAAAUAUUCUACAUUGUUAUGUACUCUUACAUUAAUGAGAAGUUCUAAGGUUUUUGUUUAUUGAAAUAAAAACUUCUUCUAAAAUUGAA